AAAGAGCAGAGGAUCCAACUUCCAAAACCCUCGCACACCCUCUUCUUCCUUCACUCCGUGUUGCUCUUCAAAUUGAUACACACAUACGGCGGCGCUGAACCCAGGGAGGACUGGCUCUUCUUCUCGUCCGACGCAACCUGCUCUCUCAUGCCGCCAUCCCCAAUUCGAUCUUGAACUACAACCUCGACCUUGCAUCUCACAGUUACCGUAAAAUUACCGGAAUGGCGAAGGAAGGUGGGAAAAGCUUUGCCAGGAGAGACAAACUCAUUGAGAUCGAGGCCAAGGCUCGAGGCUGGUGGGCGGAGAAGGAUGUGUUCAGGGCUGAGUCUUGCCAAAAGCUUCCGGAACCGGGGGAGAAGUUUUUCGGAAACUUCCCUUUCCCUUACAUGAAUGGUUUCUUGCAUCUUGGACACGCAUUUUCGCUGUCCAAGCUGGAGUUUGCGGCAGCUUAUCAUAGGUUAAGAGGUGCCAAUGUCCUCUUGCCUUUUGCUUUUCACUGCACCGGGAUGCCUAUCAAAGCCUCGGCUGACAAGCUUGCUAGGGAGAUUCAACUGUUUGGAGAGCCUCCGGUGUUUCCUGCUCCAGAUGUGAAGCAAGAGGAUGUGGAAGCAGAGAAUGACAAUGGAUGUGCACCUCCAGCUAAGUUUAAGGGGAAGAAGUCGAAGGUUGCAGCGAAAUCUGGCGGACAAGCGUACCAGUGGGAAAUUAUGCGCAGUUUUGGUCUGUCUGACAGUGAGAUAUCCAAAUUUCAGGAUCCUUAUAAAUGGUUGACGUUCUUUCCGCCAUUGGCUGUGGAAGAUCUCAAGGCUUUUGGCCUCGGUUGUGACUGGAGGCGCUCGUUCAUUACUACUGAUAUGAAUCCUUUUUUCGAUGCCUUUGUCAAGUGGCAGGUUAGGAAACUGAAAGCCAUGGGCAAGAUUGUUAAAGAUGUUCGUUAUGCGAUAUACUCUCCACUGGAUGGGCAGCCCUGUGCAGAUCAUGACAGGGCCAGUGGUGAAGGUGUCCUACCCCAAGAAUACACCGUCAUUAAAAUGCAAGUGGUGGCACCGUUUCCGUCUAAAUUGGCUGUGUUGGAAGGGAAGAAAGUGUUCCUUGCUGCGGCAACUUUAAGACCUGAGACUAUGUACGGGCAAACAAAUGCAUGGGUAUUGCCUGAUGGGGAUUAUGGAGCCUUUGAAAUCAAUGAAACUGAGGUUUUCAUUCUUACAGAAAGAGCGGCACUUAACCUUGCUUACCAAAACUACUCUAGGGUCCCUGAGAAACCCACUUGCUUGGUUGAAUUGACUGGUCAGGAUUUGAUUGGCCUUCCAUUGAAGUCGCCGCUGGCAUUGAAUCAGGUCAUUUAUGCCCUUCCUAUGUUGACCGUCCUAACAGACAAAGGUACUGGGAUUGUGACCAGUGUACCGACUGAUUCUCCAGAUGAUUAUAUGGCCUUGCAUGAUUUGAAAUCAAAACCUGCUUUGAGGGCGAAAUAUGGUGUAAAAGAUGAGUGGGUACUGCCCUUUGACAUUAUCCCAAUCAUUGAUAUUCCAGGGUACGGAAAUAAAGCUGCUGAAAAGGUCUGUGCAGAUCUCAAAAUCAAAAGUCAGAAUGAGAAGGAGAAGCUCGCAGAAGCCAAGAGGUUGACUUACUUGAAAGGAUUCAAUGAAGGAACACUAAUUGUGGGGGAAUACAAUGGAAGGAAAGUUCAGGAGGUGAAGCCUUUGAUAAGAAGCAAGCUUAUAGAGGCUGGUGAGGCAAUAUCGUACAGUGAACCUGAGAAGCGGGUGAUAUCACGAUCAGGUGAUGAAUGUGUCGUGGCGCUAACAGAUCAAUGGUACAUCACAUAUGGGGAAACCGAAUGGAAGAAACUGGCUGAGGAGUGCUUGUCCAACAUGAGUUUGUAUUCUGAUGAAACUCGGCAUGGGUUUGAACAUACAUUAGGUUGGUUGAAUCAGUGGGCAUGUUCUCGGUCCUUUGGCCUUGGUACACGUAUCCCUUGGGACGAAGAGUUCUUAGUUGAGUCAUUGUCUGAUUCAACUAUUUACAUGGCUUAUUACACCAUUGCUCACUUCCUCCACAAUGGAGAUAUGUAUGGUUCUAGCAAAUCUACAAUUAAACCUGAACAAAUGACUGAUGAGGUGUGGGAUUAUGUCUUCUGUGAUGGCCCAGAACCUAAAUCAUCAAGCAUCUCCUCAUCUACUCUUUGUCAAAUGAAGCACGAAUUUGAGUAUUGGUAUCCUUUUGAUCUUCGAGUGUCUGGCAAAGAUCUAAUACAAAAUCAUUUAACCUUCUGCAUCUAUAACCAUACAGCUAUUAUGUCUAAGAAGCACUGGCCUCGUGGUUUCAGAUGCAAUGGGCACAUCAUGCUCAAUGCUGAGAAGAUGUCUAAGUCUACAGGGAAUUUUAGGACACUACAUCAGGCAAUAGAGGAAUUUUCUGCUGAUGCCACUCGGUUUUCUUUGGCUGAUGCUGGAGAUGGCGUUGACGAUGCAAACUUUGUAUUUGAGACUGCCAAUGCUGCAAUACUGCGGCUUACUAAAGAGAUCUCGUGGAUGGAAGAAGUUUUGGCUGCAGAAUCUUCUUUGAGACUAGGCCCCCCGACCACUUAUGCUGACAAAGUCUUUGCAAAUGAGAUAAAUAUUGCCGUGAACAGGAGUCAGCACAAUUACAGCAAUUACAUGUUCCGGGAUGCCCUGAAGACUGGAUUUUAUGAUCUUCAAGCUGCUAGGGAUGAGUACCGGUUUUCGUGUGGGGAGGGGGGAAUGAACCGUGACUUGUUGUGGCGUUUCAUGGAUGUGCAGACACGUCUCAUUACUCCAAUUUGUCCACACUAUGGAGAAUACGUCUGGAGGGAACUUUUAAAGAAGGAAGGGUUUGUGGUAAAUGCAGGAUGGCCUGUGGCUGAUGCUCCAGAUCUAACCCUCCAGAGUGCCAAUAAGUAUUUGCAGGACUCCAUCAUUUUAAUGAGGAAGCUCCUCCAAAAGCAAGUUUUAGGCUCAAAGAAAGGUAACAAGAAGGGUACCCCAGUUGCAUCGGUGACAGAAGAGAAGCAGUUAAGUGGCUUGAUAUAUGUUAAUGAGCACUUUGAUGGGUGGAAAGCAGAGUGCUUGAAAAUACUCCAAAUUAACUUUGACAAAGAUAAGAGUACUUUUUCUUCAAACGAGGUGAUACAAGAGGCUCUGCAAAAAAGUUCUAUUGGUCAGUCAAAAGAUUUUAGACAAAUCCAAAAGCUUUGUAUGCCUUUCAUGAAGUUUAAGAAGGAUGAGGCAGUUGCAAUUGGAGCUCAGGCCUUAGAUUUGAAGCUACCUUUUGGUGAGAUUGAAGUCCUACAAGAGAACUUGGACUUGAUUAAGAGACAGCUUGGCCUUCAAGAGUUAGAAGUAUUGGCUGCUACAGAUCUGGAUGCACUUUCUAAAGCCGGUUCUCUUGGCAAACUGAUACAGCAGAAUCCUCCAGCACCAGGAAGUCCCACUGCCAUCUUCUUGACCAGGUCAGGGGAGCCUCAUAAUGGUCAACAAACUGUUUAGUGUAACUGGAAGAUGAAGUUUUUGUGCUUUGGUCGGAAUGAAGUACAGCAAUGGGUCGGUGAGUCUGAUGUGCUGCUAUGUGUUGAAGGUUCAGCAUCAGCUUUUUAAAGGACCUGACUAGAAAAUCUAAUACAGUCUCAGACACCUAUUCUUAGCCAGGACUACAGUUUUCUUAUAACUCUGCUAAGACCUUUUUGCCGCGGUCAGUUUGUUUUGUUGCUUAUUGCAGAAAAACCAUUUGCAUGAAUAUUGAGAAAACGUAAAUGCCUUUACAUUGUA